AACAUUUCGGCAAGUUGCUCGUUUCUUUUGUUUUUGCUCAAAAAUGUCUUUCAUUUUUAGUUGUAUUUUCUCAUUUAUUUGUCUAGUUUUUGGAUUUCAUUUCGCCGGUGGAGCAAAAGAAAUUAACAUUGCGCUGAAUAAGCCAGCUACUCAACUUGGGGCGUACUGGCCAGCUGAUAAGGCAGUGGAUGGCUGUAUCCUCAGAGAUAACCCAGAGUUACAGCAGUGUUGCGCUGCUUCAGAUGGUGGAUUACUAGGUGGCAGUGAUAAUUUUUGGCAAGUAGAUCUGCAACAAGCUUACAUCAUUGGUUUAAUUGUGGUGUAUGGUCGGGCAAGUACAUCGCAAGGCUCAGAGCAGUUGUCGGAUUUUAUAAUUUAUGGUCAGUUAGCAAAUGGCGGCACAAAAGAAUUGAUCUAUAACAACACGGGUAUUCUGUAUGAGGACGGCAUUUUUCGGAUAAAUGUGAACCCGGAAAAGAACGUGUCUCUUAUUCGGAUCGAGCGGCCAACAGCAAACACUAUUAUAGCUGUCUGCGAAGUGCAGAUUUAUGAAGCAUGUGAUGAUGGGUUUUACGGGACAAAUUGCACGUCAAAAUGCGGAAGGUGUAUGAGCAACAUGCCUUGUGAUAAGGUGUCGGGAAACUGCCCUUCUGACUGCCAGGCAGGAUGGAUGGGUGUCAAAUGUGAUCAGAGAGAAAACAUUGCUCUCAAUAAACCUGCGUCACAGUCAAGCACAGAAGCAGAUUGGGUGGCUGAGCGGUCAGUGGAUGGAUGCACCAAUCAGACUGCAGAAUCUCAAUGUUGUAGCAAAACUCUUGCGCAACCGCAGAAUUUCCUUGAGAUUAACUUAGGAGACACGCAUACAGUUGGAAGUGUCAUUGUUCAUGGUCCGGAAGACGAAGAUGAGUUGUCUGGGUUUACAGUUUAUUACGGAAAUGUCUUGAGGCAGUUGUUGUACAGUAAUAUUGGCAAGCCGUACGGUGACGGUGUAUUUGAAAUAAUGGUACAACCACCGCUUAAUAUUUCAAAACUGACGAUCCAGCGUGACAAUAGCACAGAUAAUGUAUCCCUUACCAUUUGUGAAGUUGAGGUCUAUGAAGUGUGUCCAUCUGGUUUCUAUGGUGACCUUUGUGAGCAAUCCUGUGGUCACUGUCUGGAUGAUGAUAUUUGUUAUGGCAACACCGGAAAAUGUCCUCGCGACUGCGCAGCUGGUUGGCAUGGAGACACGUGCGAUAUCGUUUGCACAGCUGGUACCUUUGGCGAGAACUGUGACCAAGCCUGUGGUUACUGUCUCAAUAACGCUUCUUGUAAUAUCAUAAACGGAAGUUGUCCGGAUGGAUGUGAUCCAGGUUACAAGGGCGAUGGUUGCGAUAUGGAAUGUACGAACGGUACUUACGGGUCCAGCUGCAGUGAAACAUGCGGAUAUUGUUUCAAUGGUACAGAUUGUGACGUCACAUCCGGUAACUGUUCUUCGUGUGCGGCAGGAUAUCAAGGAGCCAUGUGCAAAACAGAUUGUGAGCCACCGAAUUUUGGUCCAGACUGUCUACACGUAUGUAACUGCCUUAACAACGACACAUGUGACAAAACUACGGGAGAAUGUCCGAAUGGUUGUGCAGCCGGAUGGGAAGGAUUAAGCUGCAGUUCUGAAUGUCAGAAUUUUACGUUCGGACUAAACUGCUCGGGAAUGUGCGGAAAGUGUUUGAACAAUGAGAUUUGUGACAUAAUUUCCGGAAUAUGCGCAUCUGGAUGUGCACCUGGAUGGUUAAAUGACACAUGUGAUGUCUCUUGUGAUGACGGAUUUUAUGGCGAAAAUUGUACACAGACCUGCGGUAAUUGCCUCAACAACGUCACGUGUCAUUUUGAGACAGGAGAGUGUCAGGGUGGGUGCAAGGCAGGAUGGCACGGAAAUUACUGCAAAAUGGAAUGCAGCAAUGGUACAUUCGGAGAGAACUGUAAAGGUCGCUGCUACUGUGCUAGCAUGGAGGCUUGCGAUAAAGAAACGGGAAUUUGUCCUGCUGAUUGUGAUAUUGGAUUUUCUGGAGACUUCUGCCAUAUUGACAUGAAUAGAGCUAUAAAUAAAAAGGCUAGACAAUCAACAACUCUCUUCAGCGGAGGAUUUGACUGGACGGCCGACCGUGCUGUGGACGGUAACUUUGAACAAUCAGAUCCUGGUAGGACCUGCAGUGCAACCAUGACCUCGCCUCCUACAACUAUUAUACCGUGGUGGUAUGUUGAUAUGGGUACUGUAACGAGGAUUGAUUCUGUAGCAGUCUAUGGCAAAGCAGAGACAUCAGCCGAGCUUGAAGGGUUUAGUUUGUAUUUGAGUAACUCUACUAACAUCACUGACAUUGCUCCGUCAUAUAACAGCACUGACGUACCAUACGGUGAUGGUGUAUUCAACAUCAGCUUUGGAGAGAGCGUUAUGGCACGAUUCAUUUACAUCACUUUAGAGGAUCUUCGCAUCCUUAGUCUUUGUGAAGUCCGGGUGUUUGGAGAAUGCCAAGAUGGAAGUUUUGGAUCUCAGUGUGAGAGUAUGUGUUAUUGCGCAGACAACAAACCAUGUGACAAAAUGUCAGGUAUUUGUCCAGAUGGUGGUUGUUUACCGGGAUGGAUUGGAGACCAGUGUAAUGAAACAUGUCAACAUGGCACAUAUGGUGCAGCUUGUAUGGAAAUGUGUGGCGCAUGCGCAGACAACAUGACCUGCAAUUACAUGACUGGUGUUUGUGAAAAUGGUUGUUCAGAUGGCUGGUUAGGCACGAUGUGCAACAUUUCUUGUGAGCCUGGAAAAUUUGGAACGGAUUGUAAUAAUACAUGUGGGCAAUGUAAGAAUGGUGCCCCAUGUGACCACGUGACAGGAACAUGCAGUGGAUGUGCCGCUGGUUACCAUGGCAGUAUGUGCGAUACAGGGUGUACUAAUGGAACUUUUGGGGAAGAUUGUGCAGGGACAUGUGGAAACUGCGUCAAUAACACAGAAUGUGACGUCAUAACCGGAAACUGUGACAGCGGCUGCGCAGACGGUUAUCUGGAGCCAUUAUGUGCAAGUGUGGAAGCUCAAGUUGGAGACGACUCUGAAAGCGAUACAAACGUUGGUGCUAUCGUAGGAGGGGUGAUUGGCGGAGUGGCAGCUGUCAUUCUUAUUGCAGUAGUGUACAAACUCUGUACUAAACGCGGAAAGUUGUCGCGCCAAGACAAAGCUAUGGCAUAUUACCCGUCAAUGGUAAAUGCAGAAGCUAAAACAGCAGCCUCGGCAACAAACCAAGGAUUUGGUUCAACAGGUUCCGUGACGUAUUACAACUUUGACAGCAGCACUAGAUUAUAAAAGAAAGGUUUACGCAUGCGCAGUAUGAGGCAAAUGGACACAUUAUUAUUUAUAUGGAAAACGAACAUUGAACGAACACAAUAUAAAUGGAACAAAAACUUUUGAAUGUACGAACGAUUUUCUGUUUAUGUUCAACAUUGAUGUUACCUUCUUUUUCAGGGACAGUGUGAGCCGUUUUAAGGAAUUAUGCGUGAAUUGGCUUGUAUCAUGUUUCCUGUCUCCGAACAACCAAGCCGUUUUAAAUAUACAGUCGAACUUCGUUGGCUCGACCUCGACAGGACCAGCAAAAUUUGUUCGAGUUAUUGGUAGUUCGAGCCAUCGGACAAAAUUCAUUAAACAUGAAUAUUGCCGGGGCCUGACAUUGAGUACGAGCGAAGGGAGAUGUACGAAUUAUCCGAGUUCGAGCGAACGAAGUUUGACUAUAUUGGGAAAGUCGGAAAUAUUAUCUGGUAUUUUCCAAAAUGACGAAUGAAUUUUGUAAAGGUGUAAUGCAUUCGGAUAUAUGAAUGUUUUAACGUUUAGUCAAAUAUUAUGCAAUAAUAUAAGUAUACCCUCAUGAAAAAAAAUGUACCGUAAAACACAUUGAAUUCUCUCGAACUUUAUUUCGAGAAUUUGCCAUGAAUUGUUGCAUCUAAACUGUUCGUAAAAUGUUAAAUUCGCGAGUUCUGGAAUGAGAAACCGAAAAUAUAUAUAUAUGUUAUUUGGAUACCGUACUGAUACGACGAUUUAAAUAUUCGCGCAAACUUCCACUUUGCCAGAAGUGAAACUCGCGAAUAUUAACUAAAUAAAGUUAUCGCGAAAAAAAACAGCUUAGCAGCGGCUGCAUUCCUUUACCUCAUAAUGUGAAGUACAUUUUUAUUAAAGGUCGUUAAGUUAGUGUUUAUACAUGAAAAUAAUAAAUUUGUAAAACAGGAAACCACAGACAAGAAAUGUUAUUUAAUCAGUAUAUGUUUGAAUUUAUUUACUACGUAUGUUCAUGUUUAACUGUAUAAAUGACAGCGAUUUUAUUUACCAAGUAUUUUUUCCAUUCUUUUCGGUUAGGUUUAUAUUUUGAGAGAAAAAAAAACAGCUAAAACAAACACCGAAUCAUAGUGGGAUAGGGUUUUUAUAUUGUACGGAACAGUACGGUACAUCAUGUAUUGGACAGGUAGAUUGUUGGUAAAAAUGUUGUUCAUUUACCAAAUAUUUCUGUGGUUAAGUAAUGUACUGCUUAACCAUAUUUUUUUAAAAAAUAUGACACUGCUAUGCCUGCGGCUUCAAGUGAGUACAUAUUGCCAAUAAUGAAACGUGUUAUUUAAUGCAAAAAUACAAAUGGUUAUACGAAUAUCA